AUGAAUUCAGUGCUGUCACUCACCCAAGUUUCAACAAUUUAUCCUGGGAUUCAUUAUCAAGAAAAUUAUGCCUCACUCCAACCAAUGUGCCUCACUCUCUGCUUUCCCGGGACAUUUCCAAGACAACUGUUGGAAAGGAGCGAUCCUAUCCGCAUAUCAGUAUCUAUUGAUGAGGAGUAUGGAAUAUUCACCACACCAACCAUAGAGGUCGCAUCACCAGACUUGCGCUGCCAUGGUAGCAUACUGUUACACUGUUCAGGGGACUCAGACGAUUUGGAUUUGUCCUGUGACAACAAAACCAAUAUAUCAUUCCUUCCGCUCCCACCUUCAUUUGACUAUACCAAUCGAGCCGAUUGGCAGACAGUCUCCCAACAAAUUCAGGAAUGGCUCACUACCAAAGUUGACAUGGAAUCAUCACUGUGGAUGUGGGGACAUGAUGUUUUCUGGCUGGCAUUCAUCAGCACCUAUCCAUCCUUCCCGACGGGCAAGUGGCCAAUGUGGGAUCCUCGUAUUCCACUGGAGGGAUCGUUCAUCGAACAGUGGUUAGAGUGUUCAAAUGAUAGUAGCGUUGACGAGGAAGCUCUGGCCCAGGACAAUGUAGUGAGGUAUAUCUGGAAUGAAUUUUGUAUCCCCUUCCCCUUGUUCCCUUGGCCUGAUAUCAUAGCAGAAUGUUUGUUGUCUGAUUUGCUUGAGUAUGCCAUCAUGUCCAUAUCUAUCAUUACAUAUGUUAGUAUGUUUGGGCCUAUGAUACACUGUACAUGUUGA